AUGAAACCCAUCAUCGCCGUCCCCGCUGUUCUGGCGCUCGCCCACCGCGCCUGGUCACGCAAGACCCUCACUCCAUUAGGCAUCAUCACCGCAGUCCUGACCGCGAUCGCGCACGUCCUGCAUCCAUGGUCCACGCCCUUUGCGCUCCUCGCGGUGUUUUAUCUGGGUGGCUCGAAGGUCACGAAGGUCAAACACGAGGUCAAGUCCCGGCUUACACUCUCCGCGACGGGCGCUGAGGGCGGCGAGACCCAGCGCACCCAUAUCCAGGUGUUGGCGAACUCGGUCGUCGCGACGGUGCUGGUCCUGCUACAUGCGUGGGUUCUGGUCUAUGGUGCGGAGAAGGAGGAGGAGGAGUGUUUCUCGCUUGGUCGGCGGGCGGGAGAUGUUUUGGUUGUGGGGUUCGUGGCGAACUACGCUGCUGUCGCUGCGGAUACGUUUUCCUCGGAGCUGGGGAUUCUCUCCAAGUCGAAGCCAAGGCUGAUAACUUCGCCUACGCUCCGGGUUGUGCCGCCUGGUACGAACGGUGGGGUUACGGCUACGGGCUUGUUGGCUGGUCUGCUGGGGGCGUUUUCGAUUGCGGUGACGUCGGCCAUUCUCAUUCCUUAUUGCUCGGGAGAGGCGUCUGGGCCUGUGAGCCGGCUGCAGUGGGUCCUGGCUAUGACGGUUUGGGGUACGUUGGGAAGCGUGGUGGACAGUAUCCUGGGAGGACUGUUACAGGCGAGCGUGGUGGAUAAGCGCAGCGGGAAAAUUGUCGAGGGUACUGGUGGUGGAAAAGUCCUCGUCCACCCGUCCUCCACCCGAUUUGGCAGCACGGCGCCGGUGUCAGGCUUCUCUCGCAGUACUGAUGGGAGCGUACACCUCCGCAAUACCGAGGAGGUUGCGAAUGCUGCCGUGUUGAAAGGUACUCGGGCUACGGGGACUUCGAGAGGCAUGUCGCCAGGGCGGGCCACGGAGCCGCAUCAUGAGAGCCGGCGGGUCGAGAGCGGAUGGGAUGUCCUGGAUAAUAAUGCUGUGAAUGUUUUGAUGGCUUUCAUGAUGAGUGUGGGCGGUAUGUUCAUUGCAUGCUGGGCGUGGGAUUUCUCUGUCAGUGACGUUGGACGAUCUAUUGGCGUCUUUUGA